UCCUUAUUUUGAAAAAUAAUAAAAGAAGGCACAUGAGAUCACCUUGCCCUCUGUCCCCUCCCCAACAAGCUGGAAUAAUGGAGCCAGAAGAGAUGGCUGUUUUUAGGCAAUGGCUGGGUAAAGAUAUUCUCAUUGGAAGGAGUAUACAUGCAACAACAGAAGAACUGUUGGACGUGGUGUUCUGUAUGUGAUCUGUGUGAGCAGAUACUCGAUAUGUAGUGAAAGGAAAGAAGGUGACUAGUUUUCCAGACUUUUUGUUUAUUAUGAUCUAAGCGAAGGGAAUGAGAGAAAGGUGCAAGAAGAUGUAAAAACUUGCAUAAUGAGGAGUUUAAUUCUUUGAUUUCUUCCAUAAAUAAUAAUAGAGUGCUCAACUCGACAGCAGUAUGGACAGUGCCGGUAGUGCAUACUUUUUUGUGGAUAUUGCCCACCUGCAAACUGCAUGUGUUUUCAUCCCCCAUCUGUUAGGAAGGGAACGUUCCUACUCAGUUUGGUCUGUUAGAGAAAGAUCCAGCCCCAAUCAUUGGACCUCUGUAGGAACCCUUCCUGUCCUAGAAGUGAUGAAGAAAAACUCCAGGUUCUGAAAUAUGUUUUAAAGAACACAAGAUGAUGGACAGCACCCAAAAUAAUAGUCAUAUUUAUUGAUACAUGUGGUCAUCAGAGACAUCUGCUGUUACCACACAUAAACCCUGAAUGGGGGAGAGUAUUUUGGAUGCUUAAACUGCAAUGGGAGGAUAAUGUAAUUGAUCUUGGAAAAGUGUCGAGGUAUGGACCUGAUUUACCUGAUUUGAUCUCCAGUAGUGGGCUUUUAUGAAUACAGUAAUGAAUCUUCAGGUUCUGUAAGAGACAAGGAAUGUUUUGGACAGCUAAGUAACGAAUGGCCCCUCAAGAUGGAAUCUGUUAGUUAGCAAGAUAUUUGAUAGAAUUAAAGAACAAAUAUUUCAAUGUCAUUCAGGUUGUUACCCAAUUGUUGACAUUGCUUAUCUUGAAGUAUGGAAGAUAAAUCCAAUGAUAAGGGUUAGUAAUUGUUAGCUUUCUUCAUUCUUAUUACAGUUGACUGAUAGGUUAACGGAUACACAGUGGAUUUCUUAUGAAACCUGUAGAUGAAUCAUCCUGACAAAUGACUGACAUGUAGAUAUAAGCUCUGAUGAUCUUGAUGUGCUGAGAGGCUGAUGUGAUAUGUUCAUUUGCUUAAACAGCCUCUGUGUGGAUUUACAGGUUUCCUAAAAUAACACAAGGCUCUUCAGUGGUGAUGGUUGAUGCUUGAGGGUAUUGGAAACCUGUGGUUUGUGUUGUGAAUUCAUGUCUGUAAAUUACUGUAUAAUGGUGUCUGGAGCAUGGAUCUCACUCAUAACAUUUCUGGCAGAAUAUUUUAUCUGCCUGUCAGGAAGCCUUGUAGAGAGAAAUGUUUCUGAAGUAGACUGGGAUAGCAUCAGUAAACCACCAAUCAAUUACAGUAAUGCCAUCUCUGAAAGGUUAGGACAGUUGUCAAACAGACUGUCACAAGAUGAACUACUGACAAAUGAUUCAAGUAGCCAUGAAACAGAACAUCAUGGUAUUCAUGUAGCCAAUUGGCGAUGGGAUGAGAUCGGAGUAUUCUUUACAUUUGCUGUCUUCAUUGUGGUUUCUGGCCUAGCUAAAGUUGCAUUCCAUCAUGCAAACAGCAUCGCAGAACAUAUUCCAGAGUCAUGCCUGAUGAUUAUUGUUGGCGUUACUGUUGGAGGAAUUAUCUAUGGCAGUGGUGUUUCACUUCCAGGGGAGAAGCGUCUGAAUGGUGGCGACAACAUCACAUUUCCAACUUUCACACCUCGUCUCUUCUUCCUCAUACUGCUACCACCGGUUGUGCUGGAGUCAUCCUAUUCCCUGUACAACAGAGCAUUUUCUUACAAUCUCAGCACCAUUAUGCUGUAUGCAGUUGUGGGGACACUAUUCAAUACAUUCACAAUAGGUCCACUUCUGUUCCUGCUGCGGCAUUUUGGACUAAUGGGGCCCAUGGUGGAACGCCUUACCUUAAUAGACUGUCUGGUGUUUGCUGCACUCAUCUCGGCCGUUGAUCCGGUGGCAGUUCUUGCGAUCUUCCAGGAAGUAGGAGUAAAUGAGGAUCUGUAUUAUUUGCUGUUUGGGGAGUCGCUGUUCAAUGAUGCAGUGACAAUCGUCCUAUAUAACACAAUGGUCACAUUUUGUGAAAUGCCAGAAAUUCCUGUUGGGCAGUAUGGGUUGGCGAUACUUGCUUUCUUCACUGUGAGCUGUGGGGGAAUAGCUGUGGGUGCCAUAUUUGGCCUUCUUACUGCCCUCAUCACCAGGACCACGCAGGAGUGCCGAGUGGUGGAGCCUUUAGCAGUUCUAGGUGUUGCAUAUGUCUCAUAUUUAUCAGCUGAGUUGUUCCAUUUCUCAGGCAUUAUCAGUAUCAUAAUAUGUGGCCUGGUGCAAGCUCACUAUGCCCUCAAGAACAUAUCCCAGAAAUCGUACACAACAGUCAAGUAUUUCACAAAAAUGCUGAGCUCAACAAGUGACGCCAUUAUCUUCCUGUUCCUGGGCAUGGUGCUCGUCAGUGACCAGCAUGUGUGGCACACAGGCUUUGUUCUGUGGACGCUGAUUCUAUGCCUUGUCUGCCGAUUUGCAGGUGUGUUCCUCUUGACGUGCUUGACCAACAAGCUGCGUGUGAAGAAGAUUAACAUACAGGAGCAAUUUAUAAUGGCUUAUGGUGGUCUCCGUGGUGCCAUAGCUUUCUCUAUGGUGGAGACUUUGGAUGCGGACUUAGUGGAGCCUCGUCCGAUGUUCGUCACGACGACCCUCAUCGUCAUUAUAUUCACUGUCUUCGUCCAGGGGAGCACCAUCAAACCGCUGGUGGCUUUGUUGAACAUUACAAGAUCUAAAUCAGAAAAGGAGACGCUGAAUAUUGAAAUAAAUGAUAAUGUGAUCGGCACCAUGAUGGCUGGCAUUGAAGAAAUCACUGGAGUUAGAGGCGACUUCUAUAUUAGAAGAAAAUUGGAACAGUUUGAUGACUCAGUCUUGAAGAAAAUAUUCCUGUCUCCUGGUCCAGACCAUGAUCUGACACGGCUGUACGAGAAACUGAGUUUGACGGAACAUUUUGCACACCUUUAUGGACCUGCGACUCUGAUUGAGGACAAGAAGACACUGCUGUUUCAUAGUGAAGAGCCCGAUGACUUGCCACCGCCGCUGAGUACCAGGUCCUCGUCAUAUCGCAGGUCAAGCUUGUUCCCUGGGGUGGAGCUUCGGGACAAGCUAAAGUCACACCUGGAACAAGACAAGAAAGCUACCACUGGCACCCUCCGCAGGGCAUUCAGCACCAAUGCAUAUCACAAGUUCCACCAACGUUACAACCCAAAUCUGAUUGAUGACCACUGUCAAGAGAUGAGGGACCAGUUGAAGCUGCGCCACCUGAAGGCUCGUCGUAUCACCAGCAUGGUGGCCCAACACAGGAGAAUGUCUAUGGGCUCCGUGCCUUCAUCGCCAAUGGCUGAAGAAUUUUCAUGGCCAAGGAGAAAGAUCGAAUUUGAGCUGGAAGGCCUGUAUCCUGAGGAACUGGAAGGUAUUGACACCAUCCUCGAUCGAACAGAACAGCGUAUUGUGAGGCAGCGUUCUCUAUCUUCAGAUAAGAGUUUGAAAAGAAUGGAUACACCAACUGGUACUGAACCCAUAGAGGGGGUGCAGCAAGGAGGGGCCACUCAACAUGGGAGAUCAUCAGUGCCGCAUCGUCACACAUCCCUAAGAGAACGGACUCUCCACAAUAUAGCAGAAUCUGAUGAUGUCCUCCUCGACGAAAACUUGACAGAAUCACUAGUUUGAUAACUGUGCAUUUUAGGGUUCUAAAAGUUCAUAGUUUCUUCUUCAUAAACAUAUCAGCAAGCCACAUAUGUCUGUCCAUAACCCACUGAGAUAUAGACAUCAAUGUUGUAAACAUUAUGCCAUUGUAACCCUACCCUUCUUCAUUAUUUGUCAUCAGCACUGUUAACAUGGCGGCCUUGAAAAUUUUUGAGAUGUCAAGAAUUGUUAUCAUCCACUCUGCUUUGUAGUACUGAGUUCAAGAACUGUAAUUGCAUACAGUUUGGCUCAAGCAACAUUUUUCUUACUUGUAUUCGUUACAUUCCUAGUUCGAAUCUCAACCGAGACACUCAUUACCUGACUAAGUGUUUCUGUCGUUUAGCUCAGUCACUCCAUGAAAAUGCUAGGAUAGUACCUCAAAUCAGACGUGACUGCUUACUUCCACAUCCUGUUUUGCAUUGAUUAUCCUACCACCUGGUGCUAUAGAACCUGAGAUACUGACCAUGUCAUUAAAUAAACCAAGAAUAGGCAAUAACUCCUAUUAUAACGUCUACUUUCAAAAUAUUAAAAUAUCAGGAUACAGAAAACAAGGUUUUGUGUGGCUUUGAAAUGCAGUCUGUUAUUCAGAAGUAAGAACAUGCACUGUAGUUGCCAGAGUUUUGAACCAAAGAACUCACAAAAAUAUUUAUGUUAUGGAAAGAUGUAGGAUGUGUGCAGUAUUAUGUAACAAGACAUUUCAUGCAGUAUUGUUAGUGCAUUAAAUGUAAGAGAAUAUAAGAGGUGGGACAGGAGCAUGUACCCUCUCUUUACGGAGACACUUCAUAGAGUACUAAAAAGGGGACACAAGGGUAACAUAAGGAUGGAUCGUAGGGAGCAAGGUCAUGUGAAUAGGUGAAUGAAACUGGCUCAGUGUUAUGUCUAAUGGCAGUGUUGUACCUGUGGUUACAGCUACAGGAGUUAGCGAAUUACUAAGACAGUUCUGAGGGAGCCAGGUUGUGAGAAAGGGAGGUGGCUAGAACUGUCUCAGGAUCAUUUACAAUGAUCGACUUUAGUAUUAGCAGCAUUAAACCUUUAGGUUCUACUUCUAGAGAAGAUAACUGAUUCGUUGCAACUUAACAUGCAGAAUUAGGGAGAAAUAAAAUCUAAAUUGCAUUAUACCAAUUGUGUGUGCUUCUUAUGGCAAAGUGAUCAUUCUGUGUUGUAUCUGGUUUGCCAAGAGCAGUGUCCAUCUUCAGCAUGAAGUGACCAGCAGCAUUUCUAGUUCACGAGCAUGGUAUGGGACCAAGAGUUCUUAUUACUAACCUGUGCUGAAUCGUGGAGAGGCCUUCCAGAUAUAUAUCUAGACUUUCUCUAGUCCAGUUUAUAGAUCCACUCCCCCAUACGUCUUCAUAGCAUAAUGCUUAAUUAGUUAAGCACAGGGACAACUUUACCUUACCUUCUCAGGUCCAUUUCUAUACAUCUAAAUACAAGUCGUUCCCACCAUUGAGAUACAAAGCCUUUCAUACAAGAGGAACUGGGUUUAAAUCUCUCUACCUCUGGCAGUGUCUAAGCUUUGUAUGAGUAAUGCCAGGCCCCAGCUCUAGUUUGCAGCCUAUGUUAAGCUGUAGUCCCCCUCUACUGCAUAUCUACCAUUGUUCGAUUCUGAAUGAUUCUGUUGAAGCUGUAUUAUAUAAGAUUACAGAGUUCCUGAGCUUCGACUAUUGUCUGAUAAGAGAACACAAUAUUUUGGUAACUGGAUGUUGCCAUCCUCAAGUGAAAGGUGGAUAGGUACAUAAUCAGUUGGGUUUAUUGCAUAGCAUUAGUGUCAGUCAUUGGUCUUUAUGUAAUGAAUGAAGCUGAGUAGGUCCCUCCCAACCCUCUCACCUGAGGAUGGAAACAGAUUCAGUCCCCGUCACUGGCCCUGUGACUGAGGUUUAUCUAAUGGACCCAGUUGAGGAGAUGUCUCCAAAAUAUUUUGCUGGAGGACAUAAACAGAUCCAGUUUCCAAAACACUGUGUUUUAGAUUAGAUCAUGAUUAGAGUCCAGAAACUGUAAUCCUGAUUUUAACAUUGUGUGUAGCAGAAUCAGCCUCAUAAGUGUCACCACUCAGAAACCGAUGCAUUCACCAUUACCAAGGCAGGCAGAGGCUGAAGAGAUUGAAUUUACCAUAUCUGUAGGCUUCAGCCAUGAAAAAACCAUAUAAAUAUAAUAUUUAUUCAGAUUUUUGUCAUUGGAGUUGCAACAGCAUGGUCUUUUAGCAGGGUACUGAAAUUUCAGAGGAACAUGCUGCCAUCUUCAGCGUUGAAAUGACAACAAAUGAAGUCACAACCAACAAGACCAUAGUCUGAACAGACACUGCUGUGGGAAACUCAGUACUCACAUAUUUUGAAAUGAAAUUGAGUGAGACAUUGAUUUUUUUAUACUUUGUGGGAUGUCAUUAUAUGAAGAGACAACAACCUGUUCAACUGUUCUAUAAUAUUUAUUAUAGUUGCACAGUAUAUACAGAUGAACUUGAGUUUGAAGAAUUGAAGAAUAAUUAUAACAAUAGUGAACUCUGUAACACCUUGAACAUUGUAUUGAAACACAACAAUGGACUAGAAUUAUAGAACUGUCUGCAACACCCACACUUUCUUUCUUUCCUGUGAAAUUCCUCAAAACCAGACUCUAGUACAGCACUGUGAUGGAACUGUUCUACCAUGACAGUCGAAGACUUAGUUCACAUUAGUAAUGGUUUUGUUACAGAGAACUUUGUAGGAUUUCAUGAUAGAGAAAUACUGAUAUACUAAAUGACCAAUAAGGACUGUGUUUUUUAAAGAUUUAUUUUAACAUGCAUUUCAAUCUUAUUAAAAUGAAAUAACUGGUGUGUUUUGGUAAUUGUCCAGAGAACAAAGUAACUUUUUGUCCUAUCUCUCUGAAUAAAAAAUUAAACUGUGACCAUCCAUUCAUAGCUAGUUAUGUACUUACUAUGUCCGUUAUUGACAUUUAAUUGAAUUCACUUUGCAUUCAGAGAUUUCAAUAAAGAAUGUUAAUACCAGUCAUUAUAGGGGACAGUGAUGUGUAAUUGCAUAUUGAUGUCUUUAAUUCGUUUGUAUAAUUUCUUAACUUUUCUGUACCAACUAACUCAAUUGCUUAGAGUCAUUUGGCCCUGUGACUGCAUGGCUCCACAAUAAAACCAUCUGCUACAAGGCUUCUUGGUAGUAAAUAUAGUAGCAUAGGAAAUAUAGAUUACUGCCUCAAAUGACUUAUGUGACUGCAUAUAUAGAUCAUGUGAAUGCACGUUCUUUCUCCUAAACAUUGGUAUGUCAUACUUAGUGCCAUCUAAUGAGAGAAAUGCUUUACCAACAGAUUAAAAAAGAGCCAAUCUCUUUGGGUGAGGUAGUUUCAAAGCAAGUACUCAGAGCCAAUCCAACCCCUCACAAACCUCCCAAAUUGAAGUACCACCUCUAAUCUGUCCAUGACUGCUAAUUCAAGAUAUUAGCAGCUACCAAUCUAAUCUGGAGACAAUCCUCUCCUACCACAAGCUAAUGACAUGCCAUGCAGUGAUUCCCUAACAUGCUUCAUAUUGACAAAGAUACAAUAAAACUUAUUGUUUUUUCUCCUUCCAUAAUUUCCUGGUAUCUUCAUUGUAUCAUUUUUCUAUUCCUUUUCAUCUUUUCCCUGCUCUCCUUCUCUUUCUCAUGUUUCUUCCCAUUCUAUCUCUCAUCUCCUAUUUUCAUCACAUUCUUUGCAUUAUUCUCUUGUCCAUAGCCCCAAUUCUUGACCUGUUCUCUCUUCUCUUUAUCCUUUUACCCUUGUCCUCUCCCUUCUCAAUUUUCUACCUUCUUUAUGUCAUUAUUACCACAUGCAUAUUUUUUUGUGUUUCAUUUCUUCUGGCACAAUGUCCAGGCUAUAUUAUGUACAGAAGGGGUGUCGGUGUAGGUUUGUCCAUUUUAAUAAUUUUUAAAGUUGACAGAUUGCAGGGCAAAGUCAUAAUAGAAAGGCAACUAAUAGAUGCUUUAAGAAUGUGGCAGAUUUCAGAUAUUUGGCAUGACAGCAACAGAUACAAAUUUCAGUCACAAAGAAAUAAAGAAUAGAAUAAAUAUGGGGAAUGCUUGCUACCAUUCAACUGAAAAUCUUUUGCUUUCUUGUCUGUCAUUAAUGAAUGUAAAGAUGAAAAUACAUAAAACUAUAAUUUAACCUGUGUUUUAUGUGGUUGUUUAGCAUGAUCUCUCUCAUUAAGAGGAGAACAUAGAUUUAAAGACACCUGAUGAAAAUAUUUGGGCCUGAGAGGAAGUAACAGGAAGAUGGGAAAAAUUGUGUAGUGAGGAGCUUCAUAAUUUGCGAUAGACCAGAACGUAUUGAAUGCAUGGAAGAAGGAAGAAAUUUAUGCAUUGUUUUGCUUAUAAACUUUUAGUGAAAAACUAAUGAGAAGACGUAGGCAUAGAUGGAAGGUUAAUCUUAAUACUUAAAAAGGUAGGUUCUGGAAAUGGGGCUGCAUUAAUUAACGUUUUGGGGUUCUCGUAUUGGUGAUUAAUUUGGUAUGCAUCUACCAAAACACAUGGCAGUAAUUUAUUCAUAUGGUUCAGAAUGGGGGCAGAAUGAGCACGAUAAUGGUCCAUCAGAACCAUCAGAACUAUGAGCCAUCAUGUAACAACUACCACCUUCUCAAUAACGACUCUGUCCCCCGGUUUUUAUUAAAAAGAAAAUAAAUAAAUAUGCAUAAAAUGAAAACUUUGCAUCUUAAACAGCUUAGUCUAGAUUUACAUUCUGGCUUGUAAAAACGCUUCAAUAAAUCGUUAACUUGUAAUGACUCAUCUCGUCACUAGAUGGAAGGGGUUAAGACGUCAGGACCGGUCAGGACCAUAAUGAACUGUAAAUCGUAAUCAUUGUCGAUCAUGGUCCUUGAUCGAACGAUAAAGCGAUGUAUAAAGCGGUAUAAAGCACGUGUAAAGUAUGGUGUGGUCACAGAAGCGUUUUUGAGGAGGAUGAAGGUGUAUUGGUUUCCAGGUACUGGCUAAUGCAUGGGAGGUUAAGGCAUCGGCGCUUCUGUAAGUGUCAUGUGGGGGCUGGUUCAUGCGGAAGCAGUGGAGGUGUUAACUGAAGCUGAGUGAAGGAUCCACAUCAGCACCAAUGUGACAGGCUGAAGGGUGCCAGUAGGGAGCAAUGCUGCCAGCAGACAUAACAAGUAUGCUGUAGUCUAUGCACUGUCUCCAUGGCACGGCAUGGAUCAGCAGGAUCUCGGACUUGUAGGAUCACCAGUGAGCAGUGAGCUGGAAAGGACUUGGAAGGAAGUGACCAUGGCCUGUUCCAAGUACUGUCAUGGUGUUUGCCUGGUGGGACUGAGGAGAGCCAUUGCCCUGGCCAAGAUUGUAACAGAGGAACCCCUAAAUAUACAUCUCAGGCUUUACCACUACACCACUGUGCAGCCAUGUCAGUGGCAGGUCCUGCAUCCAGUCUGCUGUACACUGAAACUGUGAUCCUUCUUACUCCAUGCAUAUUACUCAAAUUUGUUUGCAUUAACAUGGGAAAAUUAAGAGGACCCUGUCCCUUUUAGCUUAGCAAAACAUGGUUCAUUUUCAUAUUAUUCCCACAGUGAUUAUUCCCUUAAUUGGCAUUAGGCAGUUGGUCUCUGUAAUGCAGACAUGGCAUGUUUUCUUUGAGAUAAGAACUGAACUCUUAAAUAUCAUUUAGAUGGACUUCAGGCUUCAGAGGGUUAAAUUACCUGCUCUAAUUGUGUCAGGGUGCAUUGAAUGAAAAUUGUGGCAAAGGGUUGACUAAACUGAAGACAUUCUCCCACUGGAAUCUGCAGUUGGAGACUGAAGGAGGAAUCUAAGUCAGGCAGGCAGCAAACCUGUAGGUGGUGCAUUUUAAAGUGUGGUAAACCACUGGACACAGCACUUGAUUACUUUGUGAAGGGAGUCUUGAAGUUUGCAUGGGACCGAGUAUGCGAUGAUUUCUGUUUUAAGUGAACAGUCGUACAGAAAAAUAUUGGAAUUAUUAAAGCCUUGCUGCUGAAUUGAUGUAAGUUGCCAUUUCUGAAUGCUUUUCAUAUGAUGUGCCCCUUGGUCUCAGAGUGAAACUUAACCUGCCCCUUUUCCAUGGAAACUUCAUUUCUGUCUCAAGCUACAUGUUGUCAUGCAUUAUAAAUACAGGGUAAAGAGAGUACAGACUCGUGGGUUGUAAUGCCAUGUAGUUUGCAGAAAGUCCAAUGUUUUGCAGGAAUGUAAUGCCUUCAUCAGGGUUGAAGCCAUGCAAGAAGCCAUCAGAAGCACUGUUGCCUGCUUCUGGUUAUGUUUGACAGUGUGUGAAGUAACUUACCUGCACUUUGUGAGGCCUCACUGACCCUACUGUGAGGCUGCUUCACCUAGAAGCAGUAGAGAUGGUGUUGAAACUGCAUGACAUAAAGUGAAGGAUCUCCAUUGCUGUCUGUGAGAACACUUCGGGCUAGCAACACAGGGAAUAUUGCUACUGAGAGCUGUAAUGAGGAUGAAAUCCAAGAUUUGAGGUUAUCACAGCAGUGAAUGGAGAUUACAGUCUUCUGGCAUGUGACAUCAUGUGGUGUGGCAUGUACCAAACUGCAAUGUUACCAGGACCCUGGAGGAAGCUGCUGCCUGCAUCUUCAGGUUUCUCAGAUAUGUAGCUACCAGACUACAUGGCGGCACAUCGUGGAAGGAAACCUGUUUUGUUAGAAUAUUAGCCAUAAGGAUGAAUGUUUCAAAUGAAGCUCAUUGUAUUGUGA